AGAAUCCCGCAUUGGUUUAUCGGAUGGCUUUCAGAGGUGGAAGUUGUAGCAGUACGAGUAUCGUGCACGAAUCCGCAGCUCAAUCGCGGGUCAUCGGUGUGCACGUUUGACUUGUAUUUUCUCCGCCUUGUCUUGUUUUAUCCUCUUCUUGACGUGAUACGCACAUACGGGAUGGACGUUCCGGAUUGAGCGAACUACAGAUCAUAAUAUUAUAUCAUAUCUUCUAUAUUUUUGGUCGGCAUGUAUGGCAUUCUGCGCUCGCUCUGUAUUUCAAGUCAACAUGAUUCGUGGGUCGAUGUUUGGACAGGAAGCUGUUUUCUUGGCGAUGCUAGUUAUAGGCUUGCAUUCUUCUCCUUGUGGAUUACCCGAGCCACAAGCGGAGGCGGUUCUCUGGGGCUCUUGGCAACAACACUCAUUUAUGAAUCCAAACUUUCGAACGGUUAUUGUUUGCGCUGGGGCCUUAAGGGUUUCCGGGAUUGUCAACUUUGGGUGGCUUAUAUGUAGGGAGAAGUGUGAAUACGGCUGGCGUUUCCACUCUUCUCGACUGGGAGGGACUUAGGGGGUGAGCAUACGAGAGGUGAUUUCAGGCUUCACUGGCCAGAAUUUGUUCAACUGUACCGCCGCUCUCUGUGCGGCUCAAGUGACCGUCGAACCGAUCACACAUAGUUAGUCUACCUCAAGCGCCGGUACUGCGCAGUAUAGCAGCAUGGCACUUUCGCAGGGUGCAGACAUCAGAAGAUACCGCUUCAGCAGGAUGUGGCAAUGACCUCUGCUGGGAAUACUCCUACUGCUCUUUGGCGAGUGGGGGCUCCUAAACUGGCACUAAUCACCCUAUAAGCCACAGAAAUCUUUCGCCGUAAAAUUUUGAAUAAUUGGACAGUGUGCUGUGUAAUCCGGGGUUCCUUUCCCUGGAAAGGAGGCAAGAAGCUCAACAAGAACAUAGCCCCUUCCUCCUCUGAAACAGAAUCUUUUUUUUUUCCUCUUGACCUUACUGGGGGGAAAGCUCGAAAACAUAGUGCACCAUCCAAUUGUUUGUGUGUAAUGCGAUAAUCACUCUAUGGACAGAACAGAAAAGGGCCAACCCACCCACCACACCUGAUCUCUACGAAUGCACUUUUCUUUCCUUUUCCAUAGGAAGAGGCACAAUUCUCAAAAAAAAAAAAAAAAAA